AUGUCUCCACCCUCCAUUCCAGAGUUGUGGCGUGGCUCCAUCCUUUCCAAAGUAUACGAAGACAUUCGUGCAAGAUUAAAAAUCUACUUUCCAUACGCUCUAUACGCAAACAAACUUUGUUACAAAUGUCCAAUCUGUGAAGUGUCAACUACCAAGAAAGACAAACAGAAAAGGAUCAUGGAUCAUUUUCUUACCGCUCAUUUGAGCGUGAAUGAACAAUGCAAGGAGUUUUCUUCAAUGGUUUUUGAUAUCAUUCAAUGCUGCAAUGAGGAAAAUGAGAAGCAUAGACAUGUCAGAUUUAAGCAGCUUUGCGAAAGGAUGAAAGAGUCCAAAACAGUAACAGUCACUCCAACACAACAGUUACAGAUGGAUCAACUUGGGUACAUGAGUUCAGAUGAUAAUUUUCUUGCGGUAAAUGUAUCGACACAAAGUCAACACUCAUCCAUCGGCACUCCAAAUCUAAACCUACCCACACAUGCCAGUGAUUCAGCACACUUUUUGCAAAAUGGUGUUCUUCAUGAACAAUUCUCUACUUUUGUCCAAUACAAUGACAUUAGCAUCACAGACAUCAACAAUCGAUUAGCAGUGAUUGAACAUUAUCUUAAUUGUACUUUACCUUUUCAACUGCAAGAGGAAAUUCAACGCCUUAUUAAUGCUACACUUGAUGUUCGUGCAGGUCAGGUCCACAACACGACCUCUCAACAAGAGGAAGAACAGCCAGUAAUGAAGGAGGGUUUGGACGAUGAAUUUUCAUCUUCGAAUGGUAUGGAAUUUAACCUUGAAUAA